CUUUCGCAACGCGUGCGCUGCUGACGGUGGUGUGUGGCUGGUGACCGGGGUUGAUUGUUCGUCAUCCGAGGAUUUUCGGAUUUUCCACGCCAAAGAAUUUCAGCCCACAUGGUUGAGAUGAGCGUUAUGGUAUCGAAGACUGCGCUUAGCGUUGCUGCCGGCGUUUGCGGCACUCUCUUCAUAGGGUACUGUAUUUAUUUCGACCGAAAGCGUCGGAGCGACCCGCAGUUCAAGCAAAAGCUGAGGGAACGACGAGCCAAGGCACAGCAACAGAAGGAACAAGCACGCAGGGGUACUGGAAAGUUGCCGGACCUGAAGGACUACGACGCAGUACAGAAGUUCUUCAUCCACGAGGUACAGAUGGGCGAGGAACUGCUGGCACAAGGUGACAUUGAGAACGGCGUAGAGCACCUGAGCAGUGCGGUGGCCGUCUGCGGCCAGCCCCAGCAGCUGCUGCAGGUGCUGCAGCAGACCCUGCCUCCCCAGGUGUUCCACCUGCUCCUGCAGCGCCUGCCCGUUGUCUCGCAGCGCCUAGCGGACAGUGCCGGAGGACCACCGCUCGUUGAAGACGACGUCGAGUAAGGGUCAACACCGGCACCUCCAGGCCACACCCGUCACCAUCCAGCCACCCGUCUUGGAACACUGAUUGGAACAAGUCCCCAUCAAGCCUGGAAGUCGAGAUGCUUUGGUGCAGGCGUCUGCAUAGCUGAUUUGUACCAUGGACUGUUGGGAACCGUUCUGUAGUUUGUUUGAUUUAUUAUUUUUUUCUAUUGCAUUUCUUAAAUCUCUCUGCUCCCUAAAGGUCAUCCAUAAACGUAAAAUUGUGUCACUACCGAUAAACGUCGCCUUGUGAUGCUGCUGACGUUUGUUUUCUAAACGCAGAAAUCUGAAACCCAAAACAACGGCAAAUGUCCACGGAUCGUACUGCAUUUUGCGUAUCGUUUGGCAUAACAUUUGAUUUUGCCGCUGAUGCAAAAAUUUGAGACGAAGUGUCAUGUCAGUCUGCGUCACUAAGUGAUUGAAAAUAUUGUUAUUCGUUUUAUGAAAGCGUAUGCAAGUGGGGAAUUAUUGCUGACCCUACUAACGUAGUCAAGAUUUCUGCUACGUUGGCCCGAGAAAUGCCACAUUUUGAUUUUAGAACUGAGUUUUUGUAUUUUGCUCAAUAUAUUUGGUAACUUAGUCAAGAGUUAAGUUUGUUUCACUAGCUGCAGUGUGCAUCUCUUGAGUUCACGUUUGCAGAUCACAUUCUCUGGAUGUACCGCGUCACACUCUGUAUUGAGUUUCUUUCCUCUCUAGCUGUUUACGUGCGCUUGACUGUUACGUUAGUUUCUGUAACGGCACAGGGCAUUCUGUUGUCUCUGUUUGCCCUCCCUCCAACUGUGUCGGAUAAUAGUUGUUGAAGAGAAAAGGGUAGAUGGAAACUUCACCCUAACAAGGGUUGCAAAUGGCCGGCUCAGUAGACAAGGAAGUGUUUCGAAGCUCGUGUAACUGUUGCGUAGAACUUGACAAAGCUCAUUUACUUUAUGACUGCUCCAAAGUAGCCUGGCUACAGUGUUAUGCGUUAUACCUUGGCCACAUGUGACACUUUCGAUCCUAUUUGGGCUUAGUCAGAAUUGAAUGUGUCGCCUGCGAGUGAGGUACUGUAAGAAAGCUACCACGUCGCGGAAGUAUUAAACGAAAAAAACACGCUCACCAGCAGGCUAGUUGUUCAGCGAGGUGAUGACAAGCGCGGGUGAGGCAACAGCUGCAUUUCAAUGCAUGGGCCCUGCGACCACUGGCUGUAAUUUCACUCUACAGCGUUUACUUGAAAAGCUAAAAUUGGCACACCCAUAUUACAGCAUGCGAGGAAGCAAACACGAAUCAGACCAUCUUGCAGUAUUAGCUAACACAGACACGAGAGACGGCUUAUCACCGACAAGAUCAGAUCAAGAGGGGCUUCUGAUCAUUCUUUCUUGGGGCAACCUUGGGGGAGGGGGGGGGCAAUAAUGAAUUUUACUGUUGUUAAAAUUUUCUAUGUGAAACUUAUCAAGAGUAAUGGGAGUGUUGAUGGUUCGUUAUUGAUUUCCCCGGCAUACUGUCACCGAUACUGACAAAAAUCCUGAAUCAUUCACGCCUCUCGUACGUUACUGUAAUAGCCACUGUACUAUAGCUUUGUUUCAGUGCACUGAAUUCGCGACACAUUUGCUCAUACGUGAAACAGUGCGAGCAAAAGACUGAACACGCACGCAACAGGAGUUGAGGCUUACCGCAAGUCCUAACUUCUGUUGCGUGCUUACUAUCCAGCCAUUUCUUUUCUUCUUGCCUUAAAACUGUGAAAAAAUGUUGUAUACUAGUAAGGCCAGAUCUCUGUUAAUGCCAGAUCAAGUUAUUUUGAAAGACAGUGAUUACUACCAAAUAAAACCAGAUUGACUUUUA